AUGGCAGACUUAUCCUAUGCAUUACCUUUGCUGUUACUUCUGACUGCCACAUUGACUCACUUUUGCUUGCAUAGAGUUGACGAAGGGCAUGUGGCUGUCUAUUAUAGGGGUGGAGCAUUAUUAUCCCAAAUUAGUUAUCCUGGUUACCAUAUCAUGAUGCCCUUCCUUACAACAUUUCGGUCUGUACAAGUUACACUUCAAACAGAUGAAGUAAAAAAUGUUCCUUGUGGCACAAGUGGUGGUGUAAUGAUUUAUUUUGAUCGAAUUGAAGUGGUCAAUAUUCUAAAUGCCGAUAGUGUUUUUGAUAUUGUUAAGAACUAUACUGCUGAUUACGACAAAACAUUAAUAUUCAAUAAAGUACAUCAUGAACUUAAUCAGUUCUGUAGUGUUCAUAAUUUACAUGAAGUAUACAUAGAUCUAUUUGAUCAAAUUGAUGAAAAUCUUAAAGUGGCAUUGCAAAAAGACUUAACAGAAAUGGCCCCUGGACUGAAAGUGCAUGCUGUACGUGUCACUAAACCUAAAAUACCUGAGACCAUACGCAAAAACUAUGAAAUCAUGGAAGCAGAAAAAACUAAACUACUCAUUGCUGAACAAAGACAAAAAGUCGUUGAAAAAGAAGCAGAAACAGAACGUAAACGUGCUAUUAUAGAAGCUGAAAAACAAGCACAAGUAUCAAAAAUUGAAUUUGAACAGAAAAUCAUGGAAAAAGAAUCUAUAAAACAAAUAUCUGUAAUAGAAGAUACAAUUCAUUUGGAUAAGGAAAAGAGUGCAGCAGAUGCUGAAUUCUACCGUAUUAAAAUGCAAGCCGAUUCUAAUAAGUUAUUAUUAACUAAAGAAUAUUUAGAAUUUAAACGCAUAGAAUCAUUAGGAAAUAAUACAAAACUUUAUUAUGGACCAGAUCUCCCAAAAAUUUUCAUGCAACAGUAUGUUCCAUUAUAAAAAAAAUAUUAAUUGAAGUUGAACUGCAAUUUUAAUAUAUAAAUUAUAAGAACUGAUAAUAUAUCUUAAGAGUUUAGUAAACGUUACUUUAUUACUAGUCAAUUGUGCGUUUAAAAAUAGUUUUGUAUUAUCUAAUGGAAAUUAAAUAAACCAAAUGUUUAGUU